UUAUAUCGUAAUCGACUUGUCUCCGUGGAGCGCCGCAGGACAAAACAAAACCUGAAGAAUUACGUAUCCAUUCGCCGCCGCGAUUCAGGUGUUAGAUCAAAACUAGCGUUUGUCAAAAGUUUUAAUUCUGAUUAAAUUCACCGACUUGUGAUCAUCGAAAUAUAAGAAAAAAUGGUUUCCGGCGGUAUGGCGUGUGUCAAGUAUCUUUUAUUUGUCUUCAAUUUGAUUUUUGCGAUAACUGGCAUCGUACUCAUUUCAUUUGGAGCUGUCAUUUUGGUCGUUUACAAUGACUACAGCAACUUUGUAGAUAGCUGGUUAUUUGCAGCGCCAGUUUUAAUGAUUAUUGUCGGCGUGAUAGUCUUCCUUGUAUCGUUCUUCGGAUGCUGUGGAGCAGUGAAAGAAAAUCACUGCAUGAUCAUUACGUUCUCAGUUUUAUUGCUGUUGAUAUUUGCUCUGGAAUUGGGUGCCGGAAUUUCUGGAUACAUAAUGCGUGGAGAAGUAGGCACCAUGCUGGAAAAUCACAUGAGCAGAACAAUGCCACAAUAUUCUCAAGUCGACAUUGGAAAGUCGUGGGAUAUUAUGCAACAUGACCUCGACUGCUGUGGCAUGAAUGGCCCUUCCGAUUGGGCCAAGGCUGGAUUCCAAGACAAUACUUUGCCACUAACUUGCUGCCAUAAUGUUCCAUUGAAGACAAACACAACUCAUCAAAGCACGUGCGAUAUGAAUUCGCUGACUGUUCGUGAGAAAGGAUGUUUCAAUAAAUUUCGAUCAUUCAUCGAAGAUAGAGCCGUUGUCUUGGGAGGCGUUGGCAUUGGAAUCGCUUUGGUUCAGCUAAUUGGAGUAACAUUUGCGUGCUGUUUGGCUCGUUCGAUUCGUCGUGAAUACGAGACAGUCGAAACCACAGCACACUGAUCAGCCACCACUUAGGAGGCAUAUUAACAUAAUAUUGUCCAUCAUACAUUUAGAUAUUCAUCGCGUUUCUAGAUUUUUCAACGUGCUUACGAAUUUUAAAAGAAAAAAAGGACAAAAUAAAGGAAUGAUGCUCAAAUUUCACAAAAGAAAAUUUCUUCAUUUUCAAUUAACUCGAAUCUAUUUUGCG